AUGUUGUUUUGGAUAAUUGUCACCGCACUUUUGUGCAGUUCAACAAUACGAGCUAAUCCAUCGAUUUCAUUUUUUUUUCCUCAAAAUUUAACUGUAUCAACAUGCACAGGUAGUAAUUCAUGGACUAAAUGGUUCAAUUCGGCUAAACCAAGUGAUAAUGGAAAUUUUGAUCGAGAACUUCUCUCAGUCAUUGGAGCAGCAAAUGGUCGUGAUGUAUGUGCGACAUCUCAAGGAGUUCAUGUACAAUCAGUAGGUCAACUUCCUGGUACUGGUCCUUUUGGAGGUUCAUGGUCAACAACGAAUAACGUCAUUUCGGGAUUUCAAUCAAGUACUGCUGGUCUUGAUUUUCAAAUACGAUUUUGUUGUGCUAAUAGUGAUUUUACACCAACUACAACAACGACAACAACAGCACGACCAAUGCCAAGUAGCACAUGUGGUCGAGCAGAAAUACAACAUUCACUUAAAUCUUCACGAAUUUUCGGUGGUUCACAUGCUGUACGCAACUCAUGGCCAUGGCAAGUUCUAUAUGAAGAAAGAAAAUCUUGUGGAAAUAAUCAAAUAUGUCUCGGUGUAUGUGGUGGUACUUUAAUUGAUUCACGUCAUGUUCUUACAGCAGCUCACUGUAUUGGAACAACUAAUCCAACUGCAAUUACUAUCACAGCUGGUCUUCACAAUAAGAAGAAUGAUGAAUCUGAUACACGACAAGUUAGAGCUGUUGAACGUAUCUUCAUGCAUCCUAAUUAUAAUGACAAAACAAUAGAAAAUGAUUUAACUAUUCUUCGAUUGGCUCAGCCUGUUCAAUUUAACAAAUAUGUUCAACCAGCAUGUUUACCUGGACCUGAACCUCAACCGGAUGCUGAUGUUAUUCUGAUUGGAUGGGGAGCUUUACAAAUGGGUACAGGUGCAUAUCAUGAAUUGAAACAAACUAAAGUUAAAGUUAUUGGUGAUUGUAAUAAAUAUUGGGGUCAAGUAAAUGAAGAAAAACAAGUUUGUGUUGGACAUACUGGUACUGGCGAUUCAGCUUGUCAAGGUGAUAGUGGUGGUCCAAUGUUAUAUGAACGUAAUGGACAAUGGAUUGUAUCAGGUGUUGCUAGUUUUGUAUCUGCAACUGGAUGUACAACGUAUGCCAAUUCUAGACCUAAUGUAUAUGCUCGAGUAUCGGCUUAUUUGCCUUGGAUUAAGAGCAUUAUUUAA